AUGGAUAUAUACGGGUAUCCUCCUUACCAAUACAAUCAAUCAGAUGAUCUAGCAAAACAAAUGUUCGCACAGCAAGCUUUGGCUUCAUCAGUUCCUAAUCCUUACAACCGAGGCACACAAGAGCCUCAUACUAUGCCGGUUCCAACAGGAACUCCAUGGAAUGUCCAGGGUAUUCCAUGGACUACGGAGUCUCCACCAAAUUUGGUACAAUUUACAGCACAAACUCCAGAACCUAAAAUUUCACCAGUCAUUCAUUGUAAGAGGAAAAGUUUAGAUAUUGAACCACCAAUUCCCACUAAGCAGUUCAUAACUGAAGAGAAAAUGGCAGCACAUCUAAGUGGACUACACAUAUCGUCAAACUAUACAAAACAUUCGCUAGCCAGUGAGGAAGUGAUGGAAGUGAGUGUUGACCCAAGUUCAUUGUGUGAAAAACUUAAAGGUCACACUAUUGUUCUAUCAGAUGAUGUAAAAAAAGUAAAAGAGGAACCUCUUUUACCUGCAGCUCUUAUUGAGAGGUUACAAAAGCCACAUAUGUCAUUAGUAGUUUGGAAACCUCGAGAAAAUGUAUUAGAAAAAAUAAAAGAAGAAAAAGAAAAAUCAAGCUCAGAGGAAGAAGAAUCACCUAAAAGAAGAACUGGUGUCCUUGUUGUAGAACACAAUAGAAUGGAUAUGGAGAUG